GCCGCGCGGGGUGCCUGCACACAGGGGACAGGGGAGGCCCCUUGCCAAACACUUGCGGAUCGCGACGCACCGCCCUCGACGGCCACGCCGACAGCUGCGCCGCACAGUGGACGGAUAAUGAAUCACGUCCUCCGUCCGCGGAACCGUGUGGCAAUUCCCUUGAGCGACAAGUGACACCGGAAUUUACCGCAGUUACCAAUUCUACCUGACAGAAGUGAGACACAGUCCUUUAUUCCGUUAAUCGCACAUACAGAGCCGAGUUAGUGUGCCGCGCUUGGAACUAAUUGUCUUCCGUAGCAGCGCACACGACUAACAUGAGCGAGGAAGAGGGCGGCGAGGAGAGGAGCGCGUGCGCGGUGUGCGGCGGGCCCGCGCAGGAGGCUUGCGCGCUGUGCGAGCAGACGUCAUACUGCGGGCCGCAGCACCAGAGGCAGCACUGGCCGCUGCACCGCGCCGGCUGCUCGCCGCUGCGAGUCGCCACGUCGCCGCAGCUCGGCAGGUACCUGGUGGCGACGCGCGACCUCAAGGCGGGGGAGCUGUUGCUGAAGGAGCAGCCGGUGGCGGUGGGCCCCCGCGCCGGGGGCGGCCGCUCGCCGCUGUGCCUGGGCUGCUGGAGGCGGCUACCCGCGCCGCCCCCCACCUGCCCCCUGUGCUCGGCCGCGCCGCUCUGCCCCGGAGGCACCUGCCACCACGAUGACUCCGAGCUGCCGCUGCGCUGCCUGCUGCUGGCGGCCGCCCGGCCAGAGGACUGGCGCCAGCUGCUGCAGCUCGAGGCGCACGCCGAGCGGCGCGGGCCCGACACCGCCGUCUGGAGCCACAACGACGCCACCGUCGUGCAGCCGCUGAAGGAGGCGGGCCUGCUGCGCGAGAGCGAGGAGACGUGCCAGCGCGUGUGCGGCGUGCUGGACGUGAACAGCUUCGAGGUGCGCGCGCCCCACGGCAGCCACGACCAGCUGCGCGCCGUGUACGCGCGUGCCGCGCUCAUGGCGCACGACUGCGUCGCCAACACGCACCUCGCCGUCGACGACAACUUCGUCAUGACGGUGCACGCCGCGCUGCCCAUCCCCAAGGGCGCCGCUGUGUGCUUCAACUACACCAACGUCCUGCAGGGCACGGCGGAGCGGCGCGAGCACCUGCUGGAGGGCAAGUACUUCGAGUGCGGCUGCGCGCGCUGCCGAGACCCCACCGAGCUGGGCACCCACCUCAGCUCGCUGCGCUGCCCCCGCUGCCGGAAGGGGCUCGUCUGCGCCGUGCAGGACCAGCUGAACGUGUGGCGCUGCUGCGACUGCGGGCGGUCGUUCAGCGGCGGCAUGGCGCGCUGCGCGCUGUGGUGCGCGCGCGACGCCGUGGAGGCAACGCUGGAGGCGGCGGAGGCGGAGGGCGAGAGCGGCGGCGCGCGCGUGCUGGAGGCGGCGCUGCGCCGGCUGGGCCGCAGCCUGGCGCCGGACCACGCCAUCGCCGCCGCCGCCACCGGCGCUCAGCUGCCGCGCAAGCUGCUCGCCCGGCAGGUGCAGCUGUGCCGCGGGCUGCUGCCGCUGCUCGCCGUCGUCGAACCCGGCAUCUCCAGGCUCAGGGGAAUCGCACUGUACGAGCUGCAAGGACCUCUGGCGGAGCUGGCUCGGCGCGAGCACGCAGCCGGGGAGUUGACCCUGCAGCAGCUGGUGGAGCGGCUGGAGGAGGCGGAGGCCGCGCUCAAGGACGCGCUGGCGGCGCUGCUGUUUGAGCCCGCGCUCUCCCCAGAGGGCCGGCUGGCGCGCGCCGCCAUGUUAGAGCUGCGAGACUUGCGCGAAGAGAUCCACGACCUGAGGAGGGAGGCGCAGCCGCAGCCGAAACACCCGCAGCGCAAGGACAGGCGCCGCCACAAGUAGCUGCCGCUCAAUGGGCAGCAUCUGGCUGCGUACUGCCUCCAUAUUGAUAAGUUUUUGCAGGGAAACUUUGUUGCUUAAAUUAGGUAAAUGCCAGCUCCACUAGCAAACUUGCAGAUUCUUGCCAAAUUAUAAGAGUGUACCAGAGGGGAGGGCUCAGUUCUCUAUAUUAGUCUUUCAUUACAAAGAUCAUGAUAAAGUUGUAACUGUCAGGAAGUUUCAUUAAAAUGUACACUCUGCUGCAAAGUGGAGCUCUUACUUUGUACAAAGCUCUCAGAGAGUGGCAAAGCCAUUAUUUUCAGAUAAGCGUCAUGUAGGAGAAUUUUAAGAGGUAACUGAAAGAGCAGUACAGAGAUACUUGCAGAUCAGAGCCUCGAGAUGGGCUUAGCAUAUUUGGAUAGUUCAUAUGUCCCCCAAAAAGACCAAGGUACAAGGUUGAAUCUCCAACUGGAACUCGGUUUCAUUCCACAGUAAAAUUUCAUUCCAGCAAAUACUCCACUUCAGAGUGGAAAAUUCGUUAUGACAACUUGCAACAUGUAGUCUCAAUGGUGGUGUUGUCACACUGCACCAUACUCCUCAAGGCACUAAUUAUACUGGAGAUUCAACUUGAUCUGCAACUGUCAACAGCUGCCCACAACUCAUGCAGACUGGUCAGAGCUGAGUCCAACAGGCUCACAUGUCGCUUGAUGGAGCCAAUAUUGUGCUCAACAAGAUUCAGCCUAGAUGAUCCGAGGGGGGCCGCACAAACACUGUCAUGGCUGUGGAGUGUUUCUGAAACCCUUCUGAUACUGUUUAGGAAUGAAGAGAAGAUCCGUUAUUUUGCUGAAGAUAAUAUAUCAUGCCAGAUUAAGAAUAUAAAGAAAGGGAUGCAUGUAACCUGACAGUAUGGUACGCUGAUGAGAGGUUGGAAAACAUAGAAUGUGGCCCAUAAACUAGCUGACCUCUGCUAUCAAGAAAUUGACGUCUAGGUAGUUGACUCUAGUGGUCACAGUUUUCCUUCAUUCAAGCAUCACAAAGUAAUCUGUGAAAAGACAGUGCUUGCAUAACUUUGUACAUAGAAUAUUCCAGGCCAUUUGCAUUUAGCGUUAUAUGAGUGUGAUUCAUUGAUGCAGGUGGGAAAUGGAGGAUGACAGUAACAAUUUGUGUAUCUGAUGAUGGUUGAAUAGGCUGCUCCUUCCCCUUUUACUUCUGAUGCCUUUUCCGUGGGGAAGAUCAUAAUCGUCAGACUGCAGUACACAUGUAUACUAUACAAACAAUUCGACAUUUACUGCAAAGAUAUUGUGAACAGAAGAAAUUGUGGACAAUUAGAGUUCAACAGUAGUAGAGCUAUUAGAGUAUGGGGACGAAGACACCCAUUGCUCUCCUUAAGUAAACAAACUGGUCAGUUGCCCUAGCUUUCUUAAGUAGACAAUCCGCUCACUUGCUCCCUAGUUUUCUUUAUUUCGGUCUUACUUAAUGGACAAUAACUGUCAUUAUAAUUACUUCAUAACUAUCAUUACAAUUGUCAUAAUUUGUAGCCAAGAUGGCAGUUGAGUAGUGUACUUGUGCUCAUGCUUACCCAGGCGUAUGUAUGCUUCUAGCCACAAGUUAUAACUCUCAUCAUAGAGAUGGUAAUGCAUGAUUUAAAAAUGGCAUAUCCCUUCCUCCACUUAUGCAGUGUGCUCCUAUUGGUCCAGCACCCAUCGCUGCUGCCCUUAGUGUCCCCAGAAUCCUGAGAGGGGGCCUUGACAUUCUUUGUCUGUACAUUGCUCAAGCAACAGCACCACCAUGAACCUUCAGAGAUCAUCCUCCAUCUCCAAGGAGAAUAAGUGGAAGAAAAAUGUUUCAUUCAAAUGUAAUUAUUAAUUCUUCCAUCUCUCUCUCUCUCUCUCUCGUUAUCACAUUAUUAUUAUUGUUAUUAUUAUUUGUCAUUUGGUAAUAUUAUAGUAAUUUUAUUUUUCCUAUGUUGGAGUAGACUCUCAAUGAUAAUACAUUCAACAAGCCUGGCUUAUGGCAGUCAUUCGAUUUUCCACAGCACUUAACAGAUUUGUUGAUCUUCAGGGUUCACCGCCUGUUUUGUUCAACUUUGAGGCUCCAGUGCAGCAGCAACGAUAGCAGCUGUAACAGCAACAGUGGUCUGCAAGCGACACAUUUCAGGGUGAUACAAGAGAACAUCUUCUCUGACCAUGUGUUAAUUAAUACCAUUACGAUGUAGGCAUCACCACCUGUGCAGUUACAAUGGCACACCUCACAUAUUAAAGUGUUUCUACUCACAGUUAUGUAUAGUCUAAAUGUGAGUGGCAGUAAACAUGUAGUCUCUGGUCAUGGGUUCAGUACUCUAACAGUGUUCCAAAAUGCUCAAUUUACUGUAAGAAUGUUAUGCCUUCAUCAAAUGAGUGGUUAUAGUUUGUGAGAAUUUCUCAAAGGCCACUUCUGUUCAACAAUCAAAUUGCAUUCCCUGUCUUAUUGGGUUGUCAUACAGUGUUGGUCAGUGACUACCCAAAAGCAAUUAAAAUGUACAAUGAUGAGAAUAGGUUCGAAUACGCCCAUUUACAGCAGGUAACAUUCAGAAACUUGGUGUGUUCUGGUUCUGCUAUCCAGUGUU